UCAGUGCUUUUCCACACAUGUAUUUUUUCCGAUAGCACUCGAAGGCGACAUAACAACCGUCGACAGUAAGUUAACGUUAGCUGUCACGGCAACAUUAGCUUUAGCUCGGAUACAGCGUCUCAGUGUCGUUUGAAGAAAUACCAUUUCACAAUGUCAGCAAGCGGUCCAGAAGGUUCUGGCGCAGCGUCCGGAAACAAGCGCUUGCAGCAGACCCAGGCCCAGGUGGAUGAGGUGGUAGAUAUUAUGCGUGUUAAUGUGGACAAAGUGCUGGAACGUGACUCGAAGCUUUCUGAACUGGACGACAGAGCUGAUGCACUGCAGGCUGGAGCCUCACAGUUCGAGACCAGUGCUGCUAAGCUGAAACGGAAAUACUGGUGGAAGAACUGCAAGAUGUGGGCCAUCCUGAUUGCUGUCAUCGUGAUCAUCAUCAUCAUCAUUAUUAUUUGGAAUUACUCCUAAAGUCACAACAACAUGCGGAGGAAACAAUGAAGAAGAAGAGGAGAGGGGCAACGUACAUAAUUAAGUCUCGGAGCAAGACGUCACAUGAUAACUAGCUACUGAGCUCCACAACAUUUUUCUCCCCGAAUGGAGUUUUCUUUCUAUGACCCGGUUUGCUUUUUGUGUGUGUGUGUGGGUGCGGAUACACACACACACACACACACACACACACACACACACACACACACACACACACACACACACACACAC